GUUUUAAGAAGUUGCACUCCACGGACUUUGUGUAGACUAAGACAUAUCUUUGAAGCAAUGCAAAUAUGAUGCAUAUUUUUAGAAAUACCAUUGAGAAAAAACUGAAAGGAAUAUAUUUUUCAAAAGACUUUGAAGAUAUUGAAGUUCACAACCAACCCUACUGUCUCAUCAGCGACGAAACCACCACCACUACCACAACAACAGCAGCAGCAACAACAGCAGUAAAUAUAUGAUAAUAAAACCAUAAGAACAACACCAACAACAAAAGUAAUUCCUCAUUACUACUGAAAGUGAGAAUAAGGAGAAAAAAAACUAUAUCCGGCAGAAACAUUAAAUGAGUCAUUUUCAAUCGUAUUUAAUUGAGUUUAUCGUCCACCUCUAAUACUUGCGCCAUUUUGUUGCCUUAGUAAUUCUAUUUAAAAUGAUUUUCAAUACAGUUUCACCCAGAAUUUCUUCCGUUACCCCAGAGUCUUUGAAUGCAGCCUCUGCAAAUGCAACACUUUUGUCUUGUAUUUGGUUGACAUCCAUUCACAUUUGUUUUCGGCCUCAACCACGAUCGAAACAAUACAUUCAUAAAGAACACAAGCCUUCAGGUAAGUUAGAUGAAUUUCUGAAGCUGGCGUUACUUACUAUGGCAGAAUCGUCUGAGAAAAGAAGACCCAUCGGAAUCACGGAUUUCGCAAAGAUUCUCCAUGCAAAAAGUGAUCAAACUAAAACUUAUGAAAUGACACGGAAACUGGCCUUUAGGACUUUAUCAGCUUAUAUAAGUAAAAAAAUCAGACGUGUUAUACAAGAAGAGUAUGCUGAGGAGGGAAUAACUCGUAAACCUGAUCUUUAUAACAGCAAUGUCGAUGUUUUACUUGCUUCUCCGCAGUUCCAUGACAACUCUUACCAAAUACGCUUUCCUUUAUCUUAUAGUAUACUAUUAAAUUUUGGUUUUGACGGCAAAUCUCACAUACUGUUUAGUGACACACACUGGGAUGACGACUAUUUUGAGUAUAACCCGGACUGUAAAUCAACAGAAAUUUUUGACCCAACGAAUAACGUGUGUCGUCCUGUUAUCUGUGAACCAGGUCACCAUUUUGUGCAUGAUUCUUGUGAAGAAAUCGUAGGAAACGCACCAUCGAAAGUGGAAAAGGAAUCACCCGAAAAUCUUUUUCAGGAAGACAUCAUGAACAUGGUUGUUUUAAAGGCUAAUGUUACAUUUUCUGACUAUUUAAUCGCCUUGACAGCUGACUUUAAAGACAUGAUGAUUGAGUCGUUGAGUAAAUUACUCAACACUUCUGCAAAUAGGAUCCAGAACUUUACCGUUCACAAAUCCGAAAGCCCAACCAACCCAGCCAAUUUAAUAAUUCAAAGAUUGCCUACUAAGCGAUACAGUAUGCACAUCGAUCGCGACAUUUUCUCCAAGGAGUAUUCAUCACCAACACAAGGAUACGGACAAAGAGGAGAAUUUACCAUGGAGAUAUCAUUUAUUCUUAUGCCACUUAAUACAAACAAAAGAGAGGG